AUGACCAUUUAUAAUUUGUAUAUCUUUGAUAGACAUUGUCAGUGUAUUUAUUAUCAAAAAUGGUCUCACUCAAAUAAGCCUGUUAAUGUGUCAACAACAAACACGACAAGUAAUAGCAAUAGUCAACUCAAUAAUAGCAGUAGUCGACUAGGUGGUCUUGCUACUUCAUCUUCUCGUUUCUCUACUUCAAGUGCUACAUCAAACCAUAGUUCACCCAUGAUGCGUAGUGGAACAAAUGAAGACAGCAAUACACAUAACCAAACUAUGCAACAAAGUGGUAUGGCAGCAGGCAGUGUUAUUUCUAUUGAAGAAGAAGCCAAACUCGUCUAUGGUGUUGUGUUGUCCUUGCGUAACUUUGUUCGUAAGCUCAAUGGAAACCAAGAUGGAUUUAUUUCUUACAAGACAACGACAUAUCGCUUACAUUAUUAUGAGACACCUACAGGACUCAAGUUUGUUAUGAAUUCAGAUCCCAAUACCGAAAACUUGAGACUUGUAUUGAAGCAGAUCUACAUUCAACUCUAUGUUGAAUUUGUCGUCAAGAAUGGCUUAAUGCGGUUUGAUGACACACGAUGGGAAAUCAGUCAUGGUUUGUUAUCACAGCCCCCUCCUUCUUCUUCUGAAGAACACACGUCUAUUACACAAACAAGUGCUUUACCUUCUUCUCCUCCUGGUAAUAUUUCCAAUGAACUCUUUAGAAUUGCAGUGGAUAGAUUUAUUCGAAGCUUGAAAUCAUUUGAAUAA